AAGAGUAAGUGUCUUGAGAGGAGAGGCAACACGGAAAAUAAGCAGACGACAAUAAAAUAUUUAGCAGACGGCAGAAGGACACUUAAAAGUAGGAACACUAAAGUGGACAAUCCAGUCGAUUACUUCACCGCUGUUUACACGUGUUCAGAUAACUUUGGAUUUUCUGUUUUGAAUCAGUCGGUGCAUCUGGUGCAACUGGCACCCAUCUGUAGUAUCUUCCCUCGCGGAAGAAAUGUUAUCAAACCACGCACUCUCUACGCCAUUCUCAGUAAAGGAUAUCUUGAACAUGACCGAGCAGCAGAAUUGCACCAUGGAUUUUCAAAAUUUCGCCGCAAACACGUGUUACGGAAUAGACGCGCCUGUCCAAAUGGCGUACGGACCUUCCAGUCACAUGCUAUCAACGAUACCUUGCAAUCCCCACUGCGACUACGGACAGCAGCUUGGACCUCAGAACGUCACAACGUACACGAAUCUGAGCCCGAAUCCCUCCUUGAGCCCGGUCUCUACGCUAAAUGACGCAACACUGCAGUGUUCCCCGGCCAGCACCAGAUCACAAGAGGAAACACCCAUCGAGAAAAAGCCGAGUUGUAUGGAACUGGACAGCAUCAAGCGCGAACCAUCACCGAUCACGGGCUGCGCAAGCGGGACUAAAAAGAACAAUAACAACAGCCCGAGUCACAGUGGGUCGUCGAGCAAUGAUUCUACGACAGAAUGUCACCUAUUACGUCAAAGACAAAAACGGAAACCAAGGGUAUUAUUUUCACAAGCGCAGGUUUUCGAACUCGAGAGACGUUUCAAACAGCAGCGCUACCUAUCGGCACCUGAACGUGAGCAGCUAGCAAACAUGCUAAAACUGACGUCAACACAAGUAAAGAUUUGGUUCCAAAACAGGCGGUACAAAUGCAAGCGACAGCGACAAGACAAGACAUUGGAAUUAACAGCUAUGCAGCCUCCAAGACGCGUUGCUGUGCCUGUUCUAGUCAGAGAUGGUAAACCGUGUAUGAGCAGGGACAUGAACCCGCCAUAUUCCGCCCCGUACAACGUCAACCCAUUUGCAUAUACGUCACAGGCAUGCGCACCAUACAAUGUAAGUAGUCACCACCAGUCAGCAGGUUCACCUUCGUAUAAUCAUAUACCACCGUCAAUGCAACAGGCGACAGGGUACGUGCAGCCACAGAUUCAGGGGACAAUUCAAGGAAUAAGAGCCUGGUGAUAGAGUGACGUCAUACCGUGAGCUUUGACUUGAUUAACCCGCCCAUUUACUUCCGAUCUGCAAUCUGCUAGUCUGACGGUUACUAGUCACCAACUUCAUAAACGAUAAAGGAUUGGAGGAAGAAUUGGAACGAUGUCGAACGGGGUUCUGAUGAAGACUAUUAUCCUAGAGACUGACAUAUCAGCUUUAAGAGAAUGGAGAAGUGAUCUUACGGUGGUUCUGUUUUAAGGCGGUGGCAUUUGGAACUUGUUGUGUAUUUCGAAGCUAAUGCUGCCUGGGGUGAUACCUGUUUGACACUUGACUCAAAGGGCUGUGCUCCUCUGAAAAAACUAAAGAAUCAUCCCAGUGUGGCUGCAAGUUGACGUUCAGGAGACAUUCGAUUGAUACCACGGACACGUGAUAUUGAAAGAAGACAUCUAAUUUGUGAACCUGAAUUUAAGUUGUUCUCGUCGACGAUAUUCCGAGUCAUGAAAUAGACUAAUCAGAACACUUGAUCGGAUGUUUUGAUAUCGCCACUAAGCGAAAUCAUGCAGAAAGAGUAUUGAUACAAGGCAUUAUACAUGACCAGGACUGGUCUUUUACUUAAAGUCCUCUCACUCUCGCAUUUAAAUUGAUUGCAUGUAUUUGUACAGUAUAGAUGUUAAAGGAUUAAAUGAUUUUAUCCA